ACGCCAUGCUGAUUUCAAGGUCCAGAUUGUAAGACAGUCGGUCUGAACAAGACCCAGUGAACAUCCCACAAGCAUAUACUCCGUCACGCCGUCAACCACCCACUCGUACCAAAAAUUCCGUGGUACAGCCCCUCGCAACAAUGGCAACCGUGUCCAUGACGAGCGAUUUGGAACCUUACCUGGCAUCGCUCCGAUCGUAUCUGGCCCAGAACAAGCCUUCGGCAGAAAAUUCAGCUGAAGAGCCCACCAAUGCGGUCCACAACCAUGACGAUCGGGAUGCUCAGCGAGAUCAGCCGUAUCCGAAAGCAGGAAAAGACAACAAUCGUGUUGGCCAUACGCGCCCUGUCAUGAAGAACCGCCCCUGCCGAACACACUAAAAAACGUGCCAUUCAACCAAGGA